AUGGCCGUGAUCAAGGAAAACAACGUCUUGAACUUGAUUGAGAGACUCUGCGUCAUGGAAGCUGAAUUGGAGCUAGGUAGUCCACUAGCUGAAAAUUUGCACCAAAUCGACUUCAGUGCUAUAAACCAGCAGCCAGAGGUUGUCGAACAAGAGGAAGAUGAAGAGAUUGAUGUCACCGGCAUCAGUGAUGAAGAAAAUGCCGUGGACGUUCAAGUCUACAACGAUAUUGAGAUCGAAGAAGACAAGAAAAUUGUUGAUGUAGAUAAGUUCAAUAAUGUUAUUAUUGUCGACAAAGAUCCUAACGUGAUCGACUUCGACAACGUGAACAUCAGCGACCUUAUCCUUGAAGGGUCAGAUCAAGAAUUAGCCCAGCAAGAGUUGAUCGAGUUCUUGGAAGAAGACAAAAAUGAAGGCUACCAAAUGAGCCUUCGCUAUAGCCAAGACAAGAUAGACACAGUGAAUGAGAACGAUGGAAACAGUGAAGAAGAACGCUUUUCCAAUGAAUCCUCAGCUUCAGAAUCCGACGAUGACUUUGUGGACUGGAAACGUCUACAAAAUCUAGUAAGUCGACAAAAGCGGGUCCUAAGAAAGGUAAAGAAUCCUGUUUUUAUGAAAAAGAAGAACAUAGCGUUAAGGAAGGAACGCUACAGAAUGCUGCAAAUGGCACUGGAAAAGCUUGAAGAUAAAUGA